GUAAAUUUAAAGCGCAGUUUAUUCAAUGGUCUGGAAACUAAACCCCUUGUAACGCUGUUUCGGUGUUUGUCGACGCUGCGUUUAUCAUAUUUCCCGCAGUUGGCGGGAUGAACACGUAGCACCGCCUACGUUGCAUGGGGUGUUGGAAAACAAUUAUCACACCGGUCUUACGACACUAGUUUCCGAGCAGACGAGGCUCCACCCUUCACAUGUCCUUCGUGAGCGACCCAUUGGGCAGCUAAACACUUACGGGUUGUUUCCUGAUCGCGAGAACAGCACUACUUCCUCAGGCCCCUGGACGUUAUCUCUCUUACUAUAAACAUCAUCCCUGCUUCCGGCUCCCGCGGCAACCAUGUCUAAUAACAGGUCCCAGGUGCUGUGUCGCUACCAUGUGGCGGGUGUGUGCCGCUACGGAUCCGCGUGCGCCUUCUCGCACAACCUCUCAGACCUGCCCAGCCAGGUGUGCAAGUACUACCUGGCUGGCUGCUGCGCCUACGGAGACCACUGCCGCUACGAGCACAAGCGCCCAGACUACACCAACAGGGGGCGAGCAGGCGGAGCAGCAGGGACAGCAGGUGCAGGAGCAGGCGCAGCGUCCUCAUCAGCGAAUGGAGGUAGCACAUCAAGAGGAGCAGCUAGAAGCAGCGGCGGCGGAGGAGGAGGGGGUGCCACAGCAGGGGGUGCUACCACGGCGCGCCGCGUGUCCGCGUGGGAUGAUGAGCCGGAGCAGCCUCGCCAGCCGCCUCACUUGCUGGCAGACUUGCUGAGCGAGCUGGUGGAGUCGUCGAGGGGGCGAGAACAGCAGCAGGAGCAGCAGGGUCAGCAGCAACAACAGCAGGAUGCGAAUGGGUCCGAGCGGGCUUACACCACAUCGGUUGAGGACGACUGGGACGCAGGCGAUGGGAACGGGUACGGCAUGGAGGGGCUGGACGAGGACUACGACAUAACGCAGGACGAGGAUAUCAACGAGAUCUGGCGCUAUAUUGCAAUGGACGCGUACUACAACCGGUCCGAUGAUGACGAUGACGACGGUGUGGAUGAAGAUUACUACGGCAACUAUGGCGGCGGAGGAUAUGGUGGCAGGGCAGCGGCGGGAAGGACAGCGGCUGCAGGGACUGCGGCAGCGAGGGCCGGGGGGCCGGCGGAGGGUUUAGUCAUGGUGGAUGACGACGUGGGCCUGGCGGCGGAGGCGGCGGGGGCUGAGCUGGCGGCGGCGCUGGGUCUGCCGGCGGCGCUGCUCUCCCUGGAGGCCUCCCUGCAGGACCUGGGGGAGGAAGCGGGGGCGCAGAGAGCACAGGGCCCGGCUGCUGGCGCCGCGCCCGCUUAUGCCACAGUGGUUGGGGCGUCCGGGCUGCAGCAAGGUGACGUGUCCGCACCUGGUGGCGGUUGUGCAGCGGGCGGCGGGGGGCUGGCGGAGGAGGGCCCGCUGGACCCGGCGGAGGUGGAGCUGUGUCCGCGGUUCGCGCUGCACGGGCGCUGCGGAGCGGGGGAGGACUGCCCGCUCAUACAUGGGCUUGAGUGCGAGAUCUGCCACAAGCACCAGCUGCACCCCUACAACGCGGAGGCCGCCGAGCAGCACCGCGCCGCCUGCCGCCUGCGACACGAGCGGCUGGAGGCGCGCAUGCGCAGUGCCGGGCUGGAGUGCGGCAUCUGCCUGGAACCGGUGCUCGGCAAACCCAACCCUGUGGAUCGGAAAUUCGGACUGCUCUCCUGCGAGCACACCUUUUGCCUUUCCUGCAUCCGCUCCUGGCGUGAGCGCACCAACGACACCAGCCUGGCAACCGAGACCGCCGUACGCACAUGCCCGGUCUGCCGUACACCCGCGCACUUUGUGACGCCCUCCCUGGUGUGGCCCCGCACGCCGGAGGAGAAGGAGGGCAUCGUUACGGCCUACAAGACCAAGCUGUCGUCCAUAGACUGCAAGCACUUCAACUUUGGGGAUGGCAGCUGCCCUUUCUCUACCAGCUGCUUUUACCGCCACGCGUAUCGGGAUGGACGAUUAGAGGAUCCGGUGCUACGGAGAGCCGGUGACGCGGAUGGCGGUGUCCGUGUGGUGAUGCCGGUGCGGCUGUCGUCCUUUUUUGAAACGCCCCAAGCGCUGGGGUUACUCAACCGGCGUCGGUAGCAUGUCCAAUAAAGUGUGAGUGGUUGCCGGUAAAGCGAAGCAAGUCGGGCAUCUUAUGGUAGAUAUUGCCCGGACUGCUCAUGUAGGGUAUUGUAGAGCUGUGGACAAGCUAACAAAAGCAGGAUAGAUACAAUAGGAUUCGCCAUGUCGCCCAAAGAGGGUUGCACAGUAGGUAGGCAAGUGGUAUUUCAUCGGAAUUGGUAUUGGUAAAGUUAAUGAGGUUCAUGGCCAGUAAGUGCCAGGUGCCAUAGUACGUGUGCAUGGAGGGCCUCCUAUUGGAGGCACAGGAGGUUAAACCCGUUUGCUGGACGUUGCUAUGCGUGAUAAUGCCGUUCACGUCUAUAUUUAUAGGAGGUCCAGAAGGGUGCUAACAGUAGCAGGCGAAGAGACAUGAACAGUCGGAAUACGGGUGGUGUUGAAAAACACCGGAUUAUAGCAUUUCGCUUAGAAACGUCUUAAGACUUAGGCGGCCUCCUCCUCAGCCUUGCCGCCCUUGGCCUUCUUGGGCAGCAGCACGGCGUGGAUGUUGGGAAGCACACCACCGGCAGCGAUAGUCACAUCGCCCAGCAGCUUGCUGAGCUCCUCAUCGUUGCGGAUGGCCAGCUGGAUGUGGCGAGGAACAAUGCGGUUCUUCUUGUUGUCACGAGCGGCGUUCCCAGCCAGCUCAAGGACUUCCGCAGUAAUGUACUCAAGCACCGAGGCCAGGUAAACAGGUGCGCCAGCACCAAUACGGUCGGCAUAGCGGCCCUUCUUCAGGUAGCGAGCGAUACGGCCAACAGGGAACUGGAGACCGGCCUUGGAGCUGCGGCUCACGGCCUUCUUGCCGGCGGUCUUGCCCUUGCCACGUCCGGACAUGUUUGCAGACUUUAGAGUUGGAGUAAAAGAGAGAAUAAGUAGAAAGCUGAGGAAAGCGGUGUGUGAAUAGGGCUGUUGGUGCCAAUUUAUUGCGUUGACUAGUGACCGUUAGCUCUCACCGGGGCAACCGUACGUGGGGUCGUUGGCGGUUCCUGGCGUCGCCGGGAUUGUUAACUUUUUUACAAGCUGCCUUUCUACCGCACACCAGUAUGUAUAUAAUCGUCACUAAUAGCAUCACUGAUAACCAAUUUACACCUAAGCAAUCUCCUUUAAAAGCAACAUAGCAAUGGCUCCCAAGAAGGACGAGAAGCCCGCCACGCAGCCAGAGGCUGCUGAGCCUAAGGUCGAGGCCAAGCCCAAGGCUGAGAAGGCCCCCAAGAAAGAGAAGAAGGCGCCUGCUAAGAAGGUUGAGAAGAAGGAGGCCGGUGCUGAUGGCGCUGAGAAGGCCAAAAAGAAGGUGAAGGUUUCCAAGGCGGAGACCUACAAGCUCUACAUCUACAAGGUGCUGAAGCAGGUCCAUCCCGACACCGGCAUCAGCAGCAAGGCCAUGUCCAUCAUGACCUCCCUGGUGGCCGAUUUGUUCGACCGCAUCGCCACCGAGGCCAGCAAGCUAUCGAAGUACAACAAGAAGCCCACGGUGACUUCCCGCGAAAUUCAGACCGCUGUGCGCCUGGUGCUGCCCGGCGAGCUGGCAAAGCACGCCGUGUCUGAGGGUACCAAGGCCGUGACCAAGUUCACGUCGGCGUAAUUGAUCCUUCCAGCUUACUAUACUGUUUCAAAACUACGGUGUUUUUCAACACCACCUUUUAUGGACAACGUGCAAGUGCGUAGCAAACAGGC